CACCACCACCACCACUCCGUUUCUCACACAAACACACAACAUGGCUAUUACCAAGGUUGUCGCUCGUCAGAUCUUCGACUCGCGUGGUAACCCCACCGUCGAGGUCGACCUUACCACUGACAAGGGUACCUUCCGUGGAGUAUCCCCCUCGGGCGCUUCCACUGGCAAGUGGGAGGCCUGCGAGCUCCGUGACGGUGACAAGGCCAACUACCUUGGCAAGGGCGUCACCAAGGCCGUCUCCAACGUCAACGACAUCAUCGCUCCCGAGAUCAUCAAGGCUGGCAUCGACGUUACCGACCAGAAGGCCAUUGAUGACUUCCUCCUCAAGCUCGACGGCACCUCCAACAAGACGAAGCUCGGCGCCAACGCGAUCCUUGCCGUCUCCAUUGCCGCCGCUUACGCCGGUGCUGCCGCCAAGGGCAAGCCCCUCUACGCCCACAUCGCCGACCUUGCCGGCGUCAAGGCCCCCUACAUCCUUCCUGCCCCCGCCAUGAACGUCAUCAACGGUGGCUCGCACGCCGGCAACAAGCUCGCCUUCCAGGAGUUCAUGAUCGUCCCUACUGGUGCUCAGACUUUCACUGAGGCCAUGAAGGUGGGCUCUGAGGUCUACCACACCCUCAAGAGCGUCAUCAAGAGCAAGUACGGCAUCGACUCGACCAACGUCGGUGACGAGGGAGGAUUCGCACCCCCCUUCGAGUCCUCGGACGAGGCCCUCGAGGUCCUCACCGAGGCUAUCAACAAGGCCGGCUACGAGGGCAAGGUCCACAUCUCGCUCGACGUUGCCUCGUCUGAGUUCUACAAGGACGGCAAGUACGACCUUGACUUCAAGAACCCCAAGAGCGACCCCAGCAAGUGGAUCACCGGCUCGCAGCUCGCCGAGAUCUACCUUGGCUACAUCAAGAAGUACCCCAUCAGCUCCAUCGAGGACGCCUUCGACCAGGACGACUGGGAGGCCUGGUCCGAGCUUCGUGCCAAGGCUGGCAUCACCAUCAUCGGUGACGACCUGACGGUCACCAACCCCCUGCGUAUCAAGACCGCCAUUGAGAAGAAGUCGUGCAACGGUCUCCUCCUCAAGAUCAACCAGAUCGGCACCAUCAGCGAGUCGAUCCAGGCCGCUCAGCUCUCUCAGUCGGACAACUGGGCUGUCAUGGUCUCGCACCGCUCUGGUGAGACCGAGGACGUUACGAUUGCCGACAUCGCCGUUGGUCUCGGUGUUGGUAUCAUCAAGACCGGUGCCCCCUGCCGAUCUGAGCGUGUCGCCAAGUACAAUCAGCUCCUCCGUAUCGAGGGCAUGGAGCCCAAGGCUACCUACGCUGGUCUCGGUGGCUUCACCCGCGGCGACGAGGCCCCCGCUGUUCUCAAGCAGAAGAGCGCGUAAGCAAACUGGUCCUGAACACAUCUUAGCUGUUUGAAGAGAGAGACAAAAUAGACGAGGGAUGAUGGAGCCAGGUUUUAGGCUAGCAUGAC